CUUGCUGGCAGAGACAUGGCAUGGUGGCCAAUCGGCGCCUCUCUCUUCGCCAGCAGCGAAGGCUCGGGGCUCUUCAUCGGGCUGGCCGGGACCGGCGCUGCCGGGGGAAUCGCCGUCGCCGGCUUCGAGUGGAACGCGACUUACGCUCUUCUGGCACUAGCCUGGGUGUUCGUGCCAGUCUACAUCUCAUCUGGGAUUGUCACGAUGCCCGAGUAUCUCCAGCGAAGGUUUGGAGGGGAGAGGAUCCAGAUGUACCUCUCUGGCCUGUCGCUUCUGCUCUCCAUCUUCACCAAAAUCUCUACGGACCUGUACUCGGGGGCCCUCUUUGUGCAAGUCUGCCUCGGCUGGGACCUUUACCUCUCCACCAUCCUGAUGCUGGUGGUCACGGGGCUCUACACCAUUGCAGGGGGGCUGGCGGCUGUCAUCUACACCGACGCGCUGCAGACGCUCAUCAUGGUCCUCGGAGCCAUCGUGCUGGCGGUGAAAGCUUUUAAUGCGAUCGGAGGUUACCCCAACCUGGAAGAGGCCUACUUAAAAGCCGUGCCAUCCAAGAUUGUUCCCAACACUACCUGCCACCUGCCCAGAGCGGAUGCAAUGCACCUCUUCCGAGACCCAGUCUCUGGAGAUCUGCCCUGGACCGGGAUGACUUUCGGGCUGUCUAUCAUGGCCACGUGGUACUGGUGCACCGACCAGGUCAUCGUCCAACGGUCGCUCUCUGCUAAGAGCCUGUGUCACGCCAAGGCCGGCUCCAUCUUGGCCAGCUACUUGAAGAUGCUGCCCUUGUUCGUUAUCAUCAUGCCGGGGAUGAUCAGCAGAGUCCUGUACCCAGGAUCUCACGCCAGUGGGUCCUGGCACAUCACUUGCCUCUGUCCCCCAGACACCGUGGCCUGCGUGGACCCCGAGGAGUGCACCCGCGUGUGCGGGGCCGCCGUGGGCUGCUCCAACGUCGCCUACCCCAAGCUGGUGGUCGAGCUGAUGCCCAGUGGGCUGCGGGGUCUGAUGAUCGCGGUGAUGAUGGCUGCCCUCAUGUCAUCCCUGACCUCCAUAUUCAACAGCAGCAGCACCCUCUUCACCAUGGACAUCUGGAGGAAGCUGAGGCCAGGGGCUGGCGAGCGAGAGCUGCUCUUAGUGGGAAGGGCUGUCACGGUGGUGCUGGUGGCCCUCAGCGUGGUCUGGAUCCCCAUCCUGCAGAGCUCCAGCGGUGGCCAGCUCUACGUCUACAUCCAGGCCGUCACCAGCUACCUGGCUCCUCCUGUCACCGUUGUCUUCGUCCUGGCUGUCUUCUGGCCACGAGCUAACGAGCAAGGAGCUUUCUGGGGCCUGAUGGCGGGGCUGGCGCUGGGGCUGGCCAGGAUGGGGCUGGAGCUGGCUCACCCCACACCCCGCUGUGGGGUCCCCGACCGGCGGCCCUGGCUGCUCGCUGACAUCCACUACCUGCACUUCGCCGUGCUGCUGGGCGCUGCCACGGGCAUCGUCGCGGUGGGGGGCAGCCUGCUGACCCCCCCACCGCCUCCAGCCAGGCUAAAGGAUCUCACCUGGUGGACCCUCUCACGGGAGCCCCCCCACCCCUCCGUGGACAGCACAUCCCAGGGACCCCCCGACGAGCCCCCCUUCUGGGCCCGCGUCUGUGGCAUCAACGCCAUUGUCCUCAUGUGCAUCAAUAUUUUCUGCUAUGCCUAUUUUGCCUAGAGGCCUGCCAGUCCUCGGGAAGGGGGGGAAAGAUGCUGGGAGUGGGGAGGGGGAGAAAGGACGAUGUGGGUGUUAGUUUUUACUUGUCACGUCUGGAACAUGAGCUAUUUAAAUCCACUGGUGCAAUGAGCGGGGCGUUCUCAGCACCGUGGUUCCUGAGUGCAUGCCAGGGGGCUGUGAGGUGCUUUUG